UCCUUUGUUACUAAUUACAUGAUGUUAAGCAUUAACGAACACAUCACGGUGGUGAAAACGUUGUAAUGUGGGUUGCGCCGCCAUGUAGUGUAGUGUCACCUACUGGUGACUACAUAAACAGAAGUACUAUAUAUCACCGAAUUGGGCACUGCGAAUCACACCUCAGUUAGUAUCAAAAAAUGGCGGACAUUGACAAGUGGAUAGAUAUAGCUAAAGAGUGUAAAUAUCUUCCAGAAAAUGACUUAAAGAAACUUUGCGAUAUAGUUUGUGAUCUUCUCUUGGAAGAGUCUAAUAUUCAACCAGUUUCAACUCCUGUGACAGUAUGUGGAGAUAUUCAUGGGCAGUUCUACGACUUAGAAGAACUAUUCCGUAAUGGUGGACCUGUUCCUGAUACAAAUUACAUCUUUAUGGGAGAUUUUGUAGAUCGAGGUUAUUACAGCUUGGAGACAUUCACAAGGCUGCUUACAUUGAAAGCCAAGUGGUCUGACCGUAUCACACUCCUUAGGGGAAAUCAUGAAUCUAGACAAAUUACACAAGUGUAUGGCUUUUAUGAUGAAUGCCAGAAUAAAUAUGGAAAUGCAAAUGCUUGGAGAUAUUGCUGUCAAGUAUUUGAUUUGCUGACUGUUGCUGCGCUAAUUGAUGAGCAAGUUCUUUGUGUUCAUGGAGGUCUCUCACCAGAAAUUCGAACUCUUGAUCAAAUUCGUAGCAUUGAAAGGAACCAGGAAAUUCCACAUAAAGGAGCAUUUUGUGACCUUGUGUGGUCAGAUCCAGAUGAUGUUGAGACCUGGAGUGUAAGCCCUAGGGGGGCUGGUUGGUUAUUUGGUGCUAAAGUCACAAAUGAGUUCAUGUUGCUCAAUAGUCUGAAACUCAUUUGUAGGGCACAUCAGUUGGUGCAUGAAGGUUUCAAAUACAUGUUUGAUGACAAGCUGGUCACUGUCUGGUCAGCCCCUAAUUAUUGCUACAGGUGUGGCAAUAUAGCAUCAAUUCUUGAAUUCACAAACAUUGACACUAAGGAACCAAAACUCUUCCAGGCUGUGCCUGAUUCUGAGCGUGUCAUACCUCCUCGUACUACCACUCCCUAUUUCUUGUGAUAACUUUGGCCUAUCAGUGGAUGAAACCUAUGGACAUUCAUAUCGAUACAUUUGUCAAUAGGAAAACGUUGUGAUAUUAAAAUUAUCUUACAUUCUGAGGUCAGUAUUCUUAAUGCCCCUCUAAAUUUUGAGAUUUUUCUCAAAUGUGUAUUGAGUGACAUGACUCUGAAAUCGCUGCUUCAUCACUCUAAUGAUCACAGUUACACAUAGUUUGUUUUAAGGUUGAUGUUGGUAUGGAUACAAAUGAGCAGUUACCAAUUCCUUUAAUAAAUAACCCAUAAUAAAAGAGUGAAUUGUUUGUACAGCUUUGAGAUAGCAUUGUAUUAAAGGAGUACCUUGCUUUCCAGUAUGGAAACAUCUGACCUUUGCUUCUUCAUAUAAGUUUUGAUUAAACUGCUCUUUUUUACUGGUAAUUGCAUGUUAAUUUGAGGAUACAAUGAUCUGUAUUUACUUAAUAGGAAAAGAGGGUUCUUGUCCUUUGGAUCUGGCAUGUUGACUUUGAAUUUAUUAGCUUCCAUUACUGGUUUACCUGAGGAUUUGGAAUUUGUAUUAAUUCAAGUAUAAAGUGUAUGAAGCUGGAUGUAGUAUUUGCUGUAAAAGGAUCCAUAUAUAAAAUGCUGUAUGCAUGUCCACACUGUGAACUUAGCCCAUGAUGAUCUUCUGAGUUGUAAUUCCAUGUGGUCUUGGAGGUGGGUAUCCACAACUCGGAAGACCACCACGGACAUCCCACUACUUUGGAAAAGGCAGCAGAUGGAAAAAGGGAAAUAUACAACUAUAUCACAUCGAGAUUCUGGAUCACAUAGAUUUGCAGAAAGUGAAAGAUGAGAAAUUUGUUAAUUAAAUGGAGUGUGCACAUAAUUUUACAUAAAUGUCAUGCUGUAUAUACUAAUUUUAAGUGUUAAUGAUCCAUCCAAUCUUUGUUUAGGCUUAGAAACAGCUGGCAAAUGAUAUGAAUCUGCCUGAAUACAGGAUGGGAUAAUGACAGAUUUGGAGAGCAUGUGCUAAUUUUGCAAGGUAUUUUGUGGAACUGGUUAAAUUAUGUGCAGACAGUUUAGACAUCAAGGCCAUUUGGAUUCCUUUUGUACAUCCUAUAAUUUUGUGUCAAAAUUAUGGAGUUUAUUGGGGGGAGACAAGAAUUCUGACUGUGCUUCCAGACAGUGUAUUUGCCAAUGGCCUGAUUGCAAAAGCAUGUGGUGUAUCAUUAGAUUAUAUUCAUUAUUAAAAUAAUCACACAGAUUUCUGGUAUAUUCUGAACCUUCAAUUUAAAGAUUUGGAACAGCAUGUUUGCCUUUUGGCCAGAGAAAAUGGGAAACAUAUCAUUGGACAUACCUUUUUCUUAUAUUCACCAUUUGCACUAAUUUUUUUAAUAGUAGAUAAUUACACCUACUUCAGAUAAUAGUGGCACCUAUUAAAAUCUAUCUACUAUCCAACAAGCAUACAAAGGGAGUAUUUCAUGAAUUACCUACCUGUGUUUCCAAAGUGACAAAACUGCUAGUUCACAGCUUAAUUUAUGCAGGACCACAAAUUAACAUUGUGUAUAUUUACAGCUAAAAGAAUUACUGUAGCAUCAGAAGCAAAGGUAAAGAUGCAAAAAGAAAAGUGAACAGAACUACUGUCUAGGUAAGAGCAGGUUUGUGUUGAAAAUACCAUGUCUUACAUUGUUUAUAGUUUUAUUGAAAUUCAUGUGUAUUUCUUUUUUAAACAAAAAGUGUGCUGGUUAAAAGAUCCUUUCAAUUUUAAUACUACAAGAAGGUGUUUUUUGUAAAUAAAGAUUUUAGACUUGCCGCUAAUAAUUAUAUGUGUAGACAUUUUGUAAUGCACAGUGUGAGAUGGAAGGGAAUCACAACUAGAUAACUAUUCUACUACAAAUUAAAUUUAAACUAAAGUUAACAAGACUUACGAACAACCACUUCUAGAUUUCAACAGUCAAGUACAUCUUAUGAAUAAAAUUCAUCACUUAUGUAGGUACAGGAGGUGAUUUAAGUGGUGAGAACAGAGAUCUUACCUGGAUCAGUUCUGAAUUAAAUAGUAAAAGAAUAAAGGCCAAAAUCAGGCAUGACAACUUUAGAGAUAAUUGGACUGUGUAAUUUCUGAACAUGAAACAUGUUCAAGACUAUUAUAAGAGGUUCUUACUGGUGGUCAAGAUAUCAAAAUUGUGGUCUUCUGAUAAACUAUGACACCACUAGACUAGAAGGUAUUAUAACUCAGAAGACCAAAACUGACAUCAUUGUAAGUUUGCUCUGUGAAUUUUCAAGCAUGAACUGUCUGGAGUAUAAAUUUUACCUCUUUGGAACCUAAAUAUAUAAUUAUAUUGAAAUACAUAUGGGAAGCUCAAGAUUUCUUCCACACUAUACAGAUUAAGAAAUUAAGAUUUGUUGCAAAUGUCUAGAUUAAAAAUUAUAAAAUAAAAAAUAUUACUUGUAUAUAACUACUGCCAAAAUAUGAUUAAAUUAAGUAUAAAUCUAUAAUAUUUUUGUGCAGGAAAGUCCUGAGCAUCAAUACAUUUGAAUAAAUUCUAAUAAAAUAAUUUGAGAUCAGGAUUGAAAUUCAGAAUCCAUUUGCUGUGUUUAUUGGUAUUACUUUAACUGCAUCUCUGUAUUUCAUGCUUUGUACAAAUUCAUAUCAAUGUUAUUCUGAUAAAUAUUAACUUAAGAAAUUUGGUAAAUGUUUGUAUGUACCAUUACCAUCAGAAAUUCAUCACAGUAAACUUUUUCUUUGUUUAUUUGAUAUGUAACUAACCAUUUCAGAGGUGCUUGCUGACUCCAUCAUCAAGGCACUGAUGAUAGAGGCAGCAAGCAUCUCUGAAAUGUUGGUAAAUUUCUACCAUGCUAGAUACGUGGUGCUACAACCCAGAAGACUGCCAUCUUCGUAAGUGUGGCAAAUCAAGUAGUUUCAUAGAUACAAAUACUCAUAAAUAUAUUACUGGGAAUUAAGAAAACUGUGUUCAGGAUAUUUUGAGGUGCGUACUAUUAAUGGGAUAAACCUUGAUAACUCAGUCAGUAUAAUAACAAGCUAUAUGCAGGCUUACCAGAGAGCAAGAUUCUUGGCAGGGGGCAGAAAUGUUGCUAUUUGCUGCAUUGUCCAUAUCCAUUCUACAACAUAUCAAGCCAUGUAUCCAAUAAAUAUUCAGGAACUCUUUCCAGGAUGUUAAAGUGGCCGGCACAUGACACUGGUCACUCACCUACUUAUAGUACCAUAGUUAAGAGUGUAUGGAGAUUAAAUCUAUACAUCUACAUGGCAUGGUGCUGAAGCACAGGGAUGCCUUUUAUUUUAUACCAGUAAUGGAAAAUGGUAUUAUUUAUUCUAGACAAAGUCCAGAAAUGCUUCUCACAGACAUUAGUCACACAGCAGCAUGUGUUCUCCACAGGGUCAUGUAAUGGACAGGCAGCUUGCCAUUAUCCAUCACAUCCAACAUAAACUGGUCAAGUGUGGCCUGUGGUAGAACCACAUAGAUUUCUGGCCCAUAUUAAAAUACCAAAUAACAUGUUGAGAACAACAGACAGAUGGAUGAAAAUUCAAGAUUAAAUAUGUUGAUUAGGUGCAUACUACAAUAAUCUGCUGAAGUAUGGAUCAGUAUCUGUAACAGUCCUCUAUUGUUACUAAUCUCUGCUGCCACCUAUCUAUGUAUUAAAGCUUGGACUUCUUGCAGUUUUACUGCUGUAAGGAAACAUUUCUGAGCCAAAGUCCAUUAACUCAAGUGUCACUCUGUGUUUAAUAGUAGAUAUACAAAACUGUAUAUUGUAUGCAUAAAUGAACUCAGUGUUUGAAUUCAGGUAUAUGAUAUUUCCAUGUUUUUACAUCAUUUACUUAGAAUCCCUUUGUCUGUAAAUUAUGUUUGAUAUAUUUACUGUUAUAGUUUUAAAAUUACAUGCUUUUGUUUAUUUAAUUACUAUAUAGUUUAGUCAAUAGGAAAGAUGAAAAAGAAACAGCCAUUAUUUAUAUAAAUGUUAAGAUUGACUGUUAGAGAACCUGUAAUUUCUACCUGAUAAGAUUACUAUGACAGCCUACAGUUGUAUAAGGAGCAUAAAGGAAAAUAGAUGCAAAAUAUAAAAGUAAAAAGUAAAGUUUGUCCCACUAUACGCCAUGUAGGCGUUUGGGGUGAGAGGAGGUAUAGCUCCUCUCUUCCUUGACCUCGGCACUAGAUGGGGGUGAGUGGUCAGCAUCACGCCCCGGCCGGCUUUACCCCCGGUACCCAUUGUAGAGGAGGCUGGGUGGGCCCCAGAGCCGGUCUGGACGCAGAGGCUAGAGGAAAAAUCCUCUGCCCCCGUCGGGGAUCGAACCCAAAAAUAUAGUGACUUUAAAUUACAGAAGUAGACUAUGUCACAAGACAUUAAACAAAUUAAUUCAACCCUUUAACAUUUUCACUGGGAUGCAUUUCAGUUGCUGAACAUUAACUUUGUUAAUUUUGUGUGUGUGUGUGUGGGGGGGCAUGCAGUUCUAAUUGUAAAACCUUGCAUACUGUGCAGUGUUGAAUAUGUAUCUAAAAUAUAUAAAACAUACACUUUGACAGAACACUUAGUGCUAAGUGUUUUUUCAAAGUGUAAACAAGUUUUGUUUGUAUGCAUGAUUUUAUAUAUUUUAGAAUAGGUUGUACAUAGGAUAAAAAUAAAAAUUCUUGUUCAUGUCUGUAUGAUUGAACCUUUUAAGUAUGGGCUUCUGGCUGGAAUAAAUCCCAGUUACAUAGCACUGAAUGCAGCAGAUUAAAGGAUCAAUUGUACUUUACCACAUUUUUAAGCAGCAAAUUUCAAAUAAAGACUACAAUAUUAAGAAUGAA